AAAAAUUAUAAAACACUCUUAACUAUUAUGAACCCCACAAGAAGAAAACCAAAAAACCCUGUCGUUUUGGGCUCAUCACAUCACAUAAAGCUAUUAACUUAGUUUAAAGAGAAAAAAUAAAAUAAAACAAAACUCUCUCUCUCACACAAAUGGCUCUUCCUUUAAACCGCGUUCGAUCGGCGUCGAUCUUCCCCUUCGCUCUAACAUUCCUCUUUGUCUUCGCCGGAAAUUCACUCGCCGAAGGCUUACGACCGUCCGAUCAUGGCUUACAGUAUCAAUUCAGCUCACCACCGACUCAAUCUCACUCACCGCCGGGUAAAAUGAUGUCUUUCUUCGGAGAUUCCUCCCAUUCUCCACCUCCUUCUCACUCUCAGCUCCUCCCCAAAGCUACGGCGGCGGACGGCGGCGACGACGAUUCUUGGUGGCGAGACGGAGCUAGUAACAGACGCGAUCACGUGAUGAGGCACGUGUUUCUUGCGGCGAGCAUAAUCUGCGGCGUCUCCGGCGUUGCGCUUCUGGUGGUUUUCACUUUGGUUUACUUCUUUAGGUAUCGGAAACCAAAUCGAUCCAACUUUCCCAGUAACGAUUCAAAGUAGAGAUUCGAUUUUUUUUUUUUUUUGAUUUUUUAAGUUCGAGCUUUACUUUCUGUGUAUACAUUAAUUGUUUUUAUUUUAUUUCGAAGACUUUUGUGUUUUGUUUCUGUUACACACCUACAUAUUCUCUAAUUAUUGUUGUAGGGAAAAAUAAAGAAUUAUAAUAUUAUGU